GUCACUUGCAAAGUUUGCCGCCACAAGAGACACACGUUCACGGAACAGUGCUCAGAAGUCAGUGAAUUAUUUUACCCACUCUCGGAAUAUAUCCAGUCAGAAGCAAGCUAAUACAGAAAUCACCAGAUCCUCAACAGCAAGAACAGGAAUUUUAAACCUACCUCGAGAUGGCUCUUCUGAAAUUUGCCGUUGUUUUCUUGGCCGGCUUCAUCCAACUAUGUGCUUCCCAGUCAGUGGACGUUGAAGUCACGGUGUCCAGCCCAGACGAUAUCGUCGACGGAGAGAGCACCGAUGUUUCCUUCAGCAUCGACUUCACCCCGUUCAGCGGGGCAGCCUCCGUCAUCAACGGCGUCUCCUCCGGCACCCGCUACACCGUGAUCGCCGGCAUGUUCACCUCAGACGCCGCCGACGUGGCAAGCUCCAUCGGCGGCACCGAGGUCACCCUGACCAGCGCCCAGGCCUCCACCUCGCUAACAGACGGAACGGCAACCACUUUCAGCUCGCUGACGGCCAGUUUGGACCUCACCAGCGAGGAGUGCGGCAACGACGGAUCCGACUAUACCUACUUCUGCGUCAUCGUCUCGCCUGAUUCGAGCGGAGCUGGCUGGUCUGGUGUCGACACUUCCAACAACACCGACUGCGCAGCUCUUGUGUGCAAAGCUGUGGUGGAUCUGAGUGCAGACACCCUCACCAUCACCAACCCCGACGAUGGAGUGAUCGGAGUCGGUGCUGGCCAGGCCAUCGAGUUCGAGGUUGACCUCUCAGCCCCGGCUUCCUCCGACUCCGUCAGCGGCGUCAGCAACUGGGCCAUGUCCAUGUGGCUGUCCGACGCGGCCUCCGGCGGCACCGUGGUGGCUCUGACCAGCGUCUCCUUAACCUCCGCUCAGCUGACGAUCGACGUGACCAACGGCAGCUCGGCCGAUAUCGACGACCUGGCUGUCACCCUUGACCUGACUGACAUCACCUGCGACGAGUUCAGCUACAGCUGCGUCUCCGUCGAGCCGGCCAGCGGUGCCGCCUGGAAGAUCCAAACCACGGACGCCAGCAACAGCAACACCGUCUGCACGGCCGUUACCUGCGGCGCCACUAUCGCUCAGAUCAGCAUGGUCUUCCUCGGUCUCUGCUUCCUCCUGACAUCACUCCUCAUGAAUCAGUCGUAGACUUCGUACAACAUCUUUAAUUAGACAUUUAUCCCAACCAGAGACAGAGAUGGCCGAAUAAGUUCCUAACUAGUGUUUUAUUUACGCGUCAUUUGCAGGGACAACGUAACUGGAACACGAGAUCGACAAAGGCCGAAAUUUGCCUUAAGUCGAACGACAGUGAUUAUCUUCCAUACAUUCCUACCGUUAUUUUGCAACCAACAGCUAGUGAAUAAAACACCCUACAUUGCAAAUAAGUGGUAAAUUUGAUUAAUCAAUUCUACAGCUUCAGUACGAAAAGGAUUCAAUCCAGUGUUGCUGUCAAACACAAAUUUGAUGUUCAUUUCAGAAGUACCUCAUAUGCUAACAAAUUAUAAAAUGACGUUUAACAGUUUGGAUUCAAUCCUUCUCGCACAAGAGGUGCAGCUGUAAAAGGAGAAAGUUGAAUUUGUAAAUAUGUCAUAUUUUGUAAAAUAUUUUAAAGAUAAUUGUAAUAAAUAUUAAGAAUGAAGUUGAUAUAUCGAAUAAACAUUCUGUUUCAGUAUAUCGAAUUGCAAAUAAUCGUUGUUCGAUUAUUUUAAGUUAAUGCCAUGUUCUGAAGGUUCACUAUAAGUCAUUGGAGCCUUUCGUUUACAGUCGUCUUUAGAAAGGCAAUGACCAACUGAUGUUAACUUCGUCCAGCAAGUAUUAAACCAUCCUAAGUUGUAAGCAGUUUCAAGUAAAAAAGUUUGUGAAGGUAUAGGAUAACGGCGCGCCAUGGUUCACACAUUUCUUUCCUUUAUUUUCAACAAAUAAAGGAACUAAAUAUGUUAACUGUUCACAUCCAAAACUUCUCAAACUUUUUGUUGAAAAAAUGCUGCCGUACUUUGAGGUUCUGUUAGAAUAUGCGAUGUCUUCUUAGCGACUGUGAAUUAUGCCAUUUUUAGCAUGCAAUCAGAUUUGAGUAUUGUCAGCUUAAUUAUUCAAAGUUCUAUUUUAAACAAAGGUUAAAAAGGAACAAUAUUAUAAGCUGUUUUUUAUUGUAAAAAAAUCUAUCGGCUUGACGUCAACCACAAUGUUUUUUCCUUGUCCAACACAUUUUUGUUUGUUUCUGUAAUGUCUGUCUUUUGAUUGCUGAAAUCAGGGUGCGCACCAUAAAAUGUUUUGUGUAUGUUAUUGAAAGAGUGAUGAAAUAAAGUUACACCUUCAAGUUAAAA